GAUGGGUGUUGCGUUCACACUUUCUCUCUCUUUCUCUCUCUUUUUCUCUCUCUAGGAGUCUCUCUCGAUCCCUAAUGCCGCUGUCGCACUACCGUUAGUAGAAUCACCGCCUCCUUCACAACCACAUCAACGACGCCCCUCUUCUGCAGCAGCGCCGUAGUCCGCAUCUGCCGCUCUCCGAAAAAUACUCGGCUGGGAUUCAAUGCUGAGCUUGGCCUCUCUGAAAUUCAUCCAUAUCCCUACAUUCAUAACAGUCCUUCACCGUUUUCUCUCUCUAACGUCUCUCUCAUGGCGUCGACUCUCCGCCAACAUUCCCUUCUCCAUCCCCUCGCUCCGAUCCAAACCCCCACAAAUUCGCCUUCCAAAACCCUAAAAUCUCCUCCCGAUUGAGACGAUAUCUUUGCACUCAUACUCUCUCUCUAGGGUUUCCGAUUCUGCACCCUGUCCGUGUUCACCGCUUGAUGGUCCCGUUGUUUCGGUGCCGAACAGACAAUCUUCUGCAGGCUCUUCGCUACGCUGCUCAAUUCGGCUCCCUUCGCUACCGACGGUGCUCUCGCAAGAGCGGAGUUCACCAUGCCCUUAACCCAGAUCCAUACAGAGGAGUCUUUGGUUCAGACAGGGAGAAGUAUGCAAGAGAUGUUGAAGAUCUCAUUACCUUUGGAACUUCAGGGCAUGUAGCUGGUUUUAUUUCUGAAGCCAUACAGGGAGUGGGUGGAAU